AAUUUGAAAUUUUAAUUGACUGUCAAUCGGUGCGCAAGACUAUCAACAGACAACUCUGAACAUCAGUGCAGUUUGCAGUAGUGAAAACAAAAGAUACUGGCACAUUUCUGUUUACUAAGUGUACAAUUCCUCUUCGUCUCAGGACUUUUAUUUUGUGUCUUGGUCUCUUGGUGCAUGGGAAACAGUUCUUCAAAAGAUAUGAGUGCGCCGGUAAAGGUUCUCCCUACAGCAAAACACACUGCAUCGCUGAUAUUUUUACAUGGUCUUGGUGACACAGGGCAUGGCUGGGCAGCUGGUUUGAAAGCAUUAAAAUUUGAACAUGUACAUUGUGUUUGCCCUACAGCACCAGCACAACCAGUGACUGUUAAUGCAGGGAUGAAAAUGCCAUCAUGGUUUGAUAUAUUUGGUUUAUCACCUGAAAGUCCUUCAGAUGAAGAAGGAAUAAAAAGGUCAUCAGAAAUAUUAAAACAGCUAAUUAAAGAUGAAGAAGAUAAAGGUAUCCCUAGUAACAAAAUAUUUGUGGGAGGCUUUUCUCAGGGAGGAGCAGUAUCAUUAUAUACAGCAUUGACCUUAGGAAAACCUUUAGCUGGAGUUAUAGCUCUUAGUUCAUGGCUUCCACUUCAUCAGAAGUUUCCAGAUGCCAUUAAAGGAGACGUCAGCAAUCUACCAGUGUUCCAAGGUCAUGGUUAUGAAGAUCCCAUGGUACCCUACAAGUGGGGAGAACUAACCAAUAAAACUUUAUCUACACAUCUAAAGAAUAUAGUGUUUAAAAGUUAUCAUAUGAUGCAUAGCUCAUGUGAAGAGGAAAUGGAAGAUGUAAAGAAUUUUAUAGAAAAGAUAGUGAAGGCAUGAUAGUAUAGACUUAAUGAAUUAGUAUGGGUGUAUAAACUACUGUAUAAAGACCUAGUGUCAGAGCUAAUAUGGGUGUGUCUCAGAGAGAUAGAAUAAAUGAUUGGUCAGUCAGUCAACCAUUCCAUGAUCUCGUACCAUUCUGUCAACAUGUUUAAUUAUUCAAUAAAAGAUGAUGGUUUGAUAAAGUGCUGAUAGUCAAACAGAGGAUAUGUUUACCAUACUAUAUUGUACUUGUCUUGUCACAAAAUACCUGUAUAUAGCAAUACACUUCCACUUUCUACUUAACUCAGUGUGCCAUUUAGGUUUGCAUUACCCAGUUUGUUCAUUGAAUUGAGGGGUAAAGUGCUUUGGAUAUGUCUUCUUCAUAAAAGUUUCACAUAAAAUAAAACAUUAUUUUCUUAAUAAUAAAUAAUCAAAACACUUAGUUAUGAAGUUUUUUUGGGUUGUUAAAAAGUGUUUGGUGAUGAACAGCAUGUAGCUACUUCUUAGUUGACACUAAAAAAUGACCAAUGGUUAACAUUAAAAAAUAUUGUUAACAAAACAGCUGGUCUUUAAUACAUACAUGAAAUAAAACAAAAGUAUGACAGGUCUGUUAUCAUUAAGUGUUUGUUCAUUCAUUUGGUCUAAUAUGUGAAUUUGUGCGCCAAAAAAAAUAAAAACUAGAAAUUCUAAAUAUUUAUUUAGAUGCACUUCUCUUUUUGUUAUUUUAACAUGUGGAAAUCUGUUACAUACCUGCACAACUUUCUUUCUAAUCUUUAUAUUUGUAAUUGAAUUUAAAACUAUGAUAACAUUUGCUUUAGAUUUAAUUAAUUUGGAAAUAUCUGUAUGCAUGUUGUAUGAAGUCAAAAAGCCAAUAUUAAGACACAUAUUUAUGUUCUGUGUACUUUGAACUUUUUUGGUGCAUAUUUUUUUGUUAUUCAGAGACAAUUUAUUAUGUCCAAAAGUAUACUAAUUUCUUCAUGGUUUAUUGCUCUGGUUACUCAUCAGAUGUGAAAUUUGUGUUAUUUUUUAGCCAAGGAUAUUUAACAGGUGUUAAUGAAAUGAGAACAAAUUUCACCUCUGAGAAGUAAUAGAAGAUCUCCAGAGUCAACUAUGCUGGGUAAUACGACAAAAAAAGAAUCAUGUAUGCCAUCUUUCAAAUUUUUUUUUUAAAACACUCUAGACUAAAAAAUACCCCUACUAAUUUUGUCAGAAAUAAAUGUCAUGUUUAAUUAUGUACUGGUUUCAAUGUCAAUGUGUUAUAAAUUUUAAUAUGAAUUCAUUGUUAAAAAUGGUAUGUUUUCUAUAUAUAGGCAAAUGUGCAGUACUGUUAAAAUACCUUUAGUUUGUGUAUUAGUAUUUUUUAUAAAUUUAAUAAAAAUGUUUAGAAUGCUAUUAUGGUAUGAAAAUGAGAGUAAUGUAAUCAACAACAAAACUAGUCUUUUAAGAAUACACAUUGUUAUAUAAACAUACACAUUGUU